AUGUUAGUUAGCCGUUGCGCAGUUUUGGCGACUUUCUUCAAACACCUUCCGGUAUCAAAUCCGGCGACGCUCUGUCCGUACAGAUUCAGACCCAAAACCCUAACCGCCGCCGCAAUUCGUAGCUCCUCUUACUUUGAGACGCUAGAUUCCCGCCAAAAAGAGCAAGUCCAUCUCUAUGUCAACACUCUUCUCCAAUGGAACCAGAAAAUGAAUCUUACAGCUGUUAAGGAGGCGGAUGAGGUAAUGGAGAGGCACAUUGAGGACUCGCUCGCAAUCAUACCGCCUAUUAGAAAUUCUUAUCUCUCUCACUGUAACCCUUCGUCCAAAAACCUCCGCCUUGUAGAUGUGGGGAGCGGUGCGGGUCUUCCGGGUUUGAUCUUAGCCAUUGCUUGGCCAGGUUUCGCUGGAUAG